AUGUCCGACCACCGUCUUGAGCAAGUGGAGAAUGAGCUUGGCUCAUUGGCUGCGGGCCAAAAGGAACUACAACAAGCUAUGAAGGCUAGUGAAGAGCACCUUUUGAAGCAUAUGGAGAGCAUGUUUGCUCGUUUUUCUACGCGUGGUGGAGGACAUGACAACGAUGCCGAGUCUUCUCGUGGGCCCCAUCGUAGCCCUUCGGGAGGAGGCUCUCUCGCACCAAAAAUCACAAAGUUGGAUUUUCCACGCUAUAAUGGCAUGGAUGAUCCAACCGGGUGGAUUUGUCGGGUGGAGCAAUUUUUUGAGUUCCAAGGCACGAAAGAGGCAGAAAAACUUCCCAUGGCCGGUUACCACUUGGAUGGUGAUGUCCAAUUAUGGUAUCAACGUUUCAAAAAUCGGAGGGAAGGUGUCAAUUGGGAGGUUUUCAAGUACGAGCUGCAUUUACGUUACGGGCCUUCGAGAUACCAAAAUUUUUUUGGGGAUCUCACCAAGCUUAAACAAUGGGGAAGCAUCCGCGAUUACCAAAUGGAGUUUGAUUGUUUGUUACAUCGAGCUGGCCAUUUGUCCGAAGAACAACAAGUUGGGUGUUUUGUGAGUGGGUUAAAAGAGGCGAUACGAAUUGACGUGCAAGCUUGUAAUCCAACAUCAUUAUCCGCGACUAUUGGUCUUGCAAGGCUCUAUGAGUCAAGAAUGCAUGAUCAAAGGAAGGGAGGAUAUGCAGAACAAAGGAAGGCCCCUGUGACAGUUGGGCCACCUCCUUUGCCCUCAGCGUCUUUAACACGAGCGCGAAAUCCAAUUAUCAAAAAAUUGAGUCCCGCAGACUUACAAGAGAGGAGGACUCGUGGACUUUGUUUUAAUUGCGAUGAGAAAUUUUCUCCGGGUCAUCGCUGUAAAAAACUUUUUUUGAUAGAAUGGAUUUUUCCUUCUUGGGAGGAGCCAUUGGAGGAAGCACAUGUGGAAGAGGAGGAAGAAGAGGAAAUUCCUGAAAUAAGUUUUCAUGCCAUUUCGGGAACUUCAGCUCCAGAGACCAUGCGUUUAUUUGAAAAAAUUCGACAAUCAAUUGUUACAAUAUUGGUUGAUACGGAGAGCACGCAUAAUUUUUUGAACUCAAAGGUGGCUGAAAAAUUAGGACUCAAUCCCACGAAAAAAGGAGAAUUUUAUGUGCAAGUGGUAGAUGGAUAUAAAAUGAAGAGUGAAGGAAUUUGUGAAGGCACGUCAAUCUCAGUUCAAAAAAUAGAAUUUCAAGUUGAUUUUUUCCUCUUACAGGUGGAGGGAUGUGAUGCAAUUUUCAGAACUCAAUGGCUCAAGAAAUUGGGUCCGAUUACUUUAGAAUUUAAUGAGCUAUGGAUGAGAUUUUUUUGGGAGGGAAGGAACGUGGAGCUAUGUGGAGUCAAGGGACCUAGCAAUAAAAUAUUAGAUGGCCGUAAUGUGGGGAAGCAAUUAAGGAGGGGAAAAAGAGCUUUUUUAUUACAACUCAAUUCCUUAAAUUUGGGAGAGAAGCAAGGAGUUGCGGCAACAAAUUUAAAUCCGGAUGUAAUGGCUAUUCUGAAUCAACAUUCGGCCAUUUUUCAAGAGAUUCAAUGCUUGCCACCUCAGCAAUCUCAAGACCACAAAAUCCCGUUGGAAAAGGGAGCUAAUCCAAUCUCAGUCAAGCCUUAUCGGUAUCCCCAUUACCAAAAAAAUGAGAUUGAAAAAAUGAUCAAAGGGUUAUUGUCAUCCGAUGUGGUAAGGCCUAGCACGAGUCCAUACUCCUCUCUUGUGCUAUUGGUUAAAAAACAGGAUGGCUCAUGGAGGCUUUGUGUGGAUUAUCGGGCGCUCAACAACAUUACCAUCAAGGAUAAAUAUCCAAUACCCGUUAUCGAUGAAUUAUUGGAUGAAUUGCAUGGUGCACGAUUUUUUACAAAGCUUGAUUUGAGGUCGGGGUACCAUCAAAUCCGUAUGUACCCGAAAGAUGUGGAGAAAACAACUUUUCGCACGCACCAAGGCCACUACGAAUUUUUAGUGAUGCCAUUUGGUCUCACUAAUGCACCGGCAACCUUCCAAAGCGUCAUGAAUGAGGUAUUCAAGGAAUUCAUUCGUAAAUUCGUCUUGCUAACAAGUUUUUUUGUCAAGCGUGAAAAAUGUCAAUUUGGACAAGAAGAAGUAGGCUACUUGGGUCAUGUGAUUUCUCAUCGUGGGGUAGCCAUGGACCCAGAGAAAAUUUCCUCCAUGAUAACAUGGCCCAAACCAACUAGCUUGAAGGGGUUGCGAGGUUUUUUGGGCCUCACCGGUUACUACCGGAAAUUCAUUCACCAUUACGGGAUGAUCGCUCAACCCUUGACAAAUAUGCUCAAAAAAGAUUCUUUUAAAUGGAGUUCUGCCGCCAAGCAAACAUUUGAAGAAUUAAAAAUGACAAUGACCUCCGGACCUGUACUUGCACUACCAGAUUUUUCUCAACCAUUUAUUGUGGAGUGUGAUGCCUUCAGCGUGGGUUUGGGUGCAGUGCUCAUGCAAGGAGACCGAUCAAUUGCCUUUUUUAGCCAAGCUCUACAUGGCAAAAAUCUUGCAUUAUCCACAUAUGGAAGGAAAUGUUAG